CACGUUUCAGGGUUCAGAGUUGAAAUUAAAAAAGUUCAUGGCUUUUAAUUUCAUUUAAGGUAAUUUGUGUGUUUGCCAUUUAGUCUUACUUUCUGUCUGUCUGUGCUAUGUAUAAUGAGUGAUGGUCCCACAGAGCAUAUAAAGACAUUUGUAUUUUCAUCUAAGUAUAAUGCACAAGGCAAUCCUCAGGAAGAAAAGUUAGAAGUCUUCAUACCUGAGCGGUUACAAGCUACAUAUUCAUUUUACACUUGGCCAAGUGCUUCAGUUCUAGCUUGGUUUUUGUGGGAAAACCGAAGAGAUCUGAUCGGGAAAAAAGUUCUCGAGAUUGGUGCAGGAACUGCUCUACCAGGAAUUGUUGCUGCUAAGUGUGGUGCUGAAGUAAUAGUUAGUGAAUCAGCUUUAUUGCCUAAAUCCCUUCAACAUACUAGGAGAAGUUGCCAAUUGAAUCAUCUUAGUGCUAAUCAAAUUAAAGUUGUUGGACUCACUUGGGGACUUCUUUUCGAUAAUUUAGAGAACUUCAAGUCACUUGAUAUCAUAUUAGGCUCAGAUUGUUUUUAUGAUCCUGCAGUUUUUGAAGAUAUUUUAGUGACUUUGUCAUAUUUAUUCGAAAUCAAUCCACACGCCAAAUUCAUUUGUACUUAUCAGGAGAGGAGUUCAGAUUGGUCAAUUGAACAUUUGUUAGCCAAGUGGAAAUUGAAUUGCCAAAUUCAUAAUACAAGUACGUUAGGUCAAAGUGCUGGAGUCAACAUUUUAGACCUUAUUGGCCCCCACAAUAUACAUAUAUUAGAAAUCAUAAGUGCUAACUGAGAAUGGCAAGUAAUGUGGCAAGAGCAGUUUACAAGCUUUAUGUAGGUAAUAUUCCUUGGACUGUGGGAACCAACGAUUUGAAGAAAUAUUUCUCCAAAUUUGGAAAUAUUAAUUCUGCUACAGUUGUGUUCGAUAAAAAU